AUGCCAAUCUACAUCCCUCUGGCUCCUCCCGGGCUCCAAACUGAGUUCAACUACAACUACACCUACAGCUACAACGCGAUGCAGUGGAAAAGCCACGGACAGACAACGCAGGACGCUGGCUACGACACCGAAGACGAGGAAGAAGUCGUUUACGACCUUGAUGAACAUGCCAUGGCUUGCCUACCACAUCACCUCCAGCAGGUAAUGCGGGAGCUUCACAUGGAGCGCCUGGAACGUCUGCAGCACGAGAACCCUCACUUCAAAUUCCGCAGUCCAGUUGCUUAUCAUCGCAACAACCAUGCAGACGCAUGGCUUGAGAGCGUGGUGUCGCAACUCGUGGAGAGACAGUCAAUGCAGAGAGCAGGACGUCACCAAAUUGGAGAGACACCAGAUGUACUUCCUCAACCGAUGGGCCGGUGUGAAAAUCAAAGACAAGCUACGGCAGAAGCGCAACAUACACCCGGCGACACAGUCGACCAGGCACAAUUCGCUUCCAGAACCCUGGAAACUGACCUCACGUAUCAUCAUGAGGAGACGAUUGCAGAUGCAGGUGUCGAAAUGGAGCACGAGUCAUCUCCGAUCCAGGAGUACUUCGCGGAGGGACGGGAUGAUAAGGAUCAGACUCACACCAGAUAUACAACUUGGUACGGAGAUCAGACCUUGGAAGAAAAGUCGAGUGUUCCCAAGUUUCGCAGGAGACGAUCAUUAAUCAUCUUGGGAAUGCGAAGUCGACUUCAGAAGAAGAUUGGGAGGAUGAGCAGAUUCUUCAAGAGAUAUUCCGUUGCCUGA